AUGUUGGUAUCCCCAGAAAACUUUGGGAUUGUCGAACCAGAUGUAUACCGUUGUUCCAAACUUGAGGUUGAAAACUUUCAAUUCUUAGAAACACUAAACCUCAAGUCAAUUAUCCUUUUAGAUGCCGAAAAUCCACCACGUUCGUUAUCCAAAUUCCUCGAAGAGAAUAAAAUUGAUCUUUACAGUUUAGGAGAUUUGAAAAUAUCCAAUCAUCAACAUACAGGAAUGUCAUCCAAGACUGAUCUUGAAGACUUCGCGUUGGAGAAUGAUGAUUUGACCUCAAAUACAUCGACUAGAUCUUCCACAUCGACUUCCACGCAACAACAACAGCUGCAACAAGAACGGUUCCAACAACAACAACAGCAGCAGACAUAUGUUGAUCCACUUACUCCAAUGCCUAUACUUUCCCGAAAUAGUAGAGAUCAAUGGAUGUUGAUUGAAAAGAAUAUCAUUAUCAAAUCAUUUGAGAUUAUACUAAAUAAUAAACGACAUCCGAUACUCAUUGUUGAUUCUACAGCCACGCUCAUUGGAAUUCUAAGAAAGAUACAAAAAUGGAACUUCAACUCAAUCUUGAACGAGUAUAGGAUUUUCAAUGGCACGAGUACAAAGAAUAAUUAUUUUGCGGAAACGUUUUUGGAAUUAAUUAGUAUUGAAUUGAUACCGUAUGAGAACCGAAAGAAAAGCCCGUUUGGAAGUAGGCGCAAUUCAAUGAGGCGCAAGUCUCAGGGUCAGGGUCAGGUUCAACAAAUGUUGAAAAAUCAAGCUGCCGAUGAAGUUGCUAUAUCCGUGCCAGAACAAAAUAGAAUAAUGUCAGGACCAAAUAGUGGUGGACAAAGUGCCGAUGAGGAUUCCGGUGUACUCGAUGACAGUGGUGAUGAGGGAGAAGGUGGUGAUGGUGAUAAUGGAAUGGAGGAUGACUAUGAUGAAGGAUACAGUACGGAUGAUAUGGAUGAUAUGGAUGAUGAUCUCCUUUCUGCGUCACCACAAAUUCCAGAAAACUUGUUAAAAUUUGUUGAACAAAGAAAACAAGAUAAACAUCAGUAUCCUACAAGUGGCAGAAACUCCAUUGAUAACAAGUCUGACACAGAAUCAGCCUCAACUUCUCCAAGAUUAAUGCGAAUACCUAUUCAACAUACAAGAAGCAAUAGUGGUUCCAACAGUCGAAACAAUAGUUUUACAAAUGCCGACUCGUAUUUAAGCAUGGUUCGAGGUAUGGAUCGUCGUAAGUCAUCAGGCGACAUUAUAAAAAAUAUAAAGUUUCGUAAUCCACAACAACAAUUUCCUCAUAGAGCUUCCUUGGAGAGUUCUUCACCAGUAUUGAAACGACGUGAUCAUAGACGGGGAUCUGGUUCAUUUUACAUGAAUGAUGAUGUCAAACCUGUUGAAUUCAUGUAUUAUAAAAAUUCAAACAAGUAUGAUGUCAAAUUUGAAAAUGUGAGAACAAUCAAAUUUAAAUUACCGGCGGAGCAUAGGCUACCUGAAUGGUUUAUCAAACAACGUGAUAUGUGGGAGAAAAACUACAAGAUAGUAAAUAAUGAAACUGUGUAG